AAUAAUAAUGGCGGCGAACCGAGCCAUGUUUCUGUGGUGGGGUUCGGGUUCGUGCCCCUCGUGGAAGCCCAUGUUGGUCCUCGGAGAGAAGGGGCUGUGGGAGGGGCUGCCCAAUAAGCAGAUCUCCUUCGACAAGAACGAGCAGAGAGGGGCGGACAUCAUGGCCGUGAAUCAGCGCGGGCAGGUGCCGACGUUCAAGGACGGCUCCCUGGUCGUGAACGAGUCGAACGCAAUAUGCAUGUACCUCGAGGAGAAGUACAGUAACGACAGCAACCGGCUACUCCCGGCCAGCGUCGAAGAGCGCUCGCAGGUCUAUUGGCGCAUGUUUGAGGCCGAUAAUUUGCUUUCCAGCGUUAUAGACUCUGACCGGAAGGAGGUACCUUGUCGGCGACAAGUUCACUAUGGCUGACGUCUGCUGCUUCCCGUUCGUUGCUUUCAUAGUGAGGCUGGGAGCCAAACUGGACGAGUUUCCGGCGCUACGCGGUUACUACGAGUUCUUAGUUAAUCGACCGUCGGCUCAGCAAACAUGGCCCCCGCAUUGGAAGGAGGGACCGUGCGGUGAUACGCAUUUUAUGGAGGGAUUAUAAACUGAUGGAUUUAAUCGUUGCGUUCGUUGAAUAGUGUAUACAUGUUUCUGCUGUUAACAAUAUGUUUGUCUGUGAUUAUUGAUAAACUACCGAACAAUUAAUUUAAGCGAACCAAAGCAAUAAACUCACGAAAAUGCUGUUUCCAAGAAAACAAUUAUGAAGUAGAAAUGACAUGUCAAAACAAUAACAACAACAUGAAACGUACGGUGUAAUUUUCCUGGAAUUUUCCAUAUUUUCUUACAUGUUAUUGUAAAUUUUAAAUCAUUCUGAAUCAUCAUUAUGUAAUAAAAAUAAUAAUUACUA